AUGUGCGAAGACUCCAAAUCGCACACUGUACGCGAUAGCCACCUAUUGGACUUGAACGUUCCCGGCGGGCUAAUCUCAAGACAAACUCCACUCACACCUUUCCUCCCCAUCCACCCCAGUCGAGCCCCGUCGAGCCCAGUCCUCUCAAGCCCAGCGCCCAGCGUCCAGCGUCCAGCAGCCACUGUCCAGCCUUUCAGCGUCCCCUGCUCGCACCGGGUCAUCCCAGUCCCAGCGCCAGCCAAAAGGCCUAAUCCACGUUUAAAGGCAAUCAUUUCGCUUGCGCCGCCAGCUACUCUGAGCCUCCGAUCCGCUCUGUCUCUUGUCUCCGUCUCCCGUCUCCCGUCCCUCCUCCUCCUCACCGAGCUCCAUUUCCGACCGACGCGAUCCCCGUUCCAAACUCCCGUUUGCGGCAGUCCCUCGACGAGUUCUUCGACGAGUGUCUCGUUCGUUCUCCAGCGCCCUUUGUGCUCGAGCCGUCCGUUCUCUCUCUCUCUGUCUCACUCUCGCAUCUCUGCGCUUCGCCCCAGCCACCUCUGCAUCGACAGAUCAGCGCUGCAAUUCUAG